AUGAAUUCAAGUUUGAAUGAAAUAGUUCACCAGUGGGGCUCGUAUAUUCGUGUAUACAAAGAUGGGCGUGUAGAAAGGUUCUUUGGCACCGAUGAUAAAGUUCCAGCAUCCAUCAAUUCUACGGAUGGGGUAUCAACCAAGGACGUGCUUAUCGUUCCAGAAACCGGCGUAUCAGCACGUAUUUUUAUCCCUACUAGCACCAUAAAUUCAGGCCAAAAGCUCCCUCUCUUAAUCUAUUUCCACGGUGGAGGGUUCCGGGUUGGAUCGCCAUUUUGUGCCGCAUAUAAUAAUUAUGUGACAUCUCUUGUUACUACUGCUAAUGUUGUUGCUGUGUCCAUUGAUUACAGAUUGGCUCCUGAGUACCCAGUCCCAACAUGUUACGAGGACUCUUGGGUUGCUCUAAAAUGGGUGGCAUCACAUUCUAAAGGUGAAUGUCCUGAAGAAUGGUUAAGGGACUAUGCUAAUUUUUGCCAGGUUUUUCUUGCUGGUGAUAGUGCAGGUGCCAAUAUUGCACAUGACAUGGCUGCUCGAGCUGGGAUAGAGAAUCUAAACGGAGUCAAGUUGAUGGGACUUUGUUUAGUCCAUCCAUAUUUUGGGACAAGAGAUGGUGUGGACAAGUCUUGGAUUUUUGUGAGCCCAACUACAAGUGGGUUGGAUGAUUUUAGAUAUAAUCCAGCUGCUGACUCGAGGAUGGCUAGUCUGGGGUGCACCGGGAUGCUAAUUUGUCUGGCUGAGAAGGAUGGGCUGAGAGAGAGGGGGUUGUUUUAUUACGAGACAUUGAGGAGGAGCGGGUGGGGUGGAGAGGUGGAGAUUGUGGAGACAGGAGAAGAGGGCCACGUGUUUCAUUUGUUUAACCCAAAUAGUGACAACGCUGUAUCGUUGUUGAAGACACUGGCCUCAUUUAUUAACCAUAGUUAG